AUGCACACCAGGGAACUAUUCGAGGAGUAUUAUCCUAGUGUGGUGGUCGAAGCCAAUUCCUUCUUGGUGAUGGAGCGAAGGUCUCGUCUCGACCUCUUAAGAGGGCUGUGGCCUGACUCGAAGGACACCUGCAGAGGAGUCCUCCUAGAUGUCACGAUGGUUGACGCCUAUUCGGUGCUGGACAUCCUAGAAUCGCUCGAUCUGUGGCUUCAGCCCAAGACGGUGGUGGUGUUUGUGGGACGCGAGGGCGAAGAGGCGGACGUUCUGUUCCAUUCGACGCUCCGCAACACCCACCACACUCUCUUCUUGGCCCUCGACGACACCACCCUUCGCCAUCUGGAGUCCCCGCGAUGUUAUUUGCCCGUCUGCAAACCGGAACUCGACUGGCAAAAAUCAGCCCAAGCUUACUGGCGAUGUUUUUACUGCAACACAGGAGACCAGGGAAUCAAGAGAGGUGGACGCUGGAAUCUGGAAAGGGACCUACCGCAAUCUGUCCAACUGUUCCAAGACCAGACGAGAAACUUCAUGGGCCACACUUUUACCGUCUCGGGUCUCAGUUUCUUCCCAAUGACGGAAUAUAUCCCGGAGAGCAAUCAGGGUGGAACGACCAUCACCCUCACUGAUUGCAUCGACAAACGAAUUCUCACAGCAAUUUCUUCCGCACUCAAUUUCACGUACAUCGUCCGUGAGCCUUUGGAUUGUGUGUGGGGCCUCGACCAAGAUGGUAACUGGACGGGGAUCGUGGGAGACCUCCAGCACAACCGGGCCGACUUCUCUCUUAUUGUUGGCCUCAUUGACUCAAGAGCCAAAGUCAUGGAUUUCUCCGACUGGUACAUCUACGACCGAUACGCGCUCAUUUCCCUCAAGUUGCAGCCUCUGGCGCGGUAUCUGUCAUUUGUGAAGCCUUUCACAGGUGUGAUGUGGAUCGCUGUUUUCCUAAGCACCGUGGUUUUGGGAUUCGCACUCUGGUUGAUCACGCGCCCCUGGACUUCGAUUUCUGGAGAUCAAGGGCUCAGCAUCUCCACUUCCUUCUUCUACACCUGCGAAGUGCUCGUCUCUGGUCCCAGUCUGAAUCUCCCGGUCAAUUUCACUACCAGGUUGGUGGCAUUGUGUUUAUGGAUAUUCUCCUUUAUCGUGACUUCGGCCUACAAGUCGUCCUUGAUCGCACACCUGACGAUCCCAGUCUUUCCUCCACCAAUCAACAGCUUCCAGGACUUGCUCGACUCCGACGGAGUCACAUGGGGCAGCGAUGUGCUCGAAGGGGCGCCCUUCAUGUACUUCAACUGCAGUCUGGAUCCUGUGGUCAGGGAAUUUCAAUCCAGGUCAGAGAGUAUUUUUAAUAGUAUAUCCCCUUCUAACAACUGCGUUCCAAUGCUCAUCCGCUAUACGUACAACGUCUACAACAUUCAAGAUUGA